CCCGCGCUGAGCCGGCGUCUCCGUGACAGGCGCCCUCGCCGCCGCCGCCUUUUCUUCCCGGUCCCGGCCGCCCGCCCGCCCGCUCCCGCCGCCGCCUGCUCCCGCCCGGCCUCCUCGCGGCAGGAACUGCGGCCCAGCCCGCCCGGUGCCGCGCGGGCCCCGCGCCCAGCCGCCCCUGCGCGGCCCCGCAGCUCCCGCGGGCACCAUGCCCAGCAAGACCAAGUACAACCUUGUGGACGACGGGCACGACCUGCGGAUCCCCCUGCACAACGAGGACGCCUUCCAGCACGGCAUCUGCUUCGAGGCCAAGUACGUCGGGAGCCUGGACGUGCCGCGGCCCAACAGCAGAGUGGAGAUUGUGGCUGCCAUGCGCCGGAUCCGGUACGAGUUCAAAGCCAAGAACAUUAAGAAGAAGAAAGUGAGCAUUAUGGUUUCAGUGGACGGAGUGAAAGUGAUUCUGAAGAAGAAAAAGUUUCUCUUGUUGCAGAAGAAGGAGUGGACGUGGGACGAGACCAAGAUGCUGGUGAUGCAGGACCCCAUCUACAGGAUCUUCUAUGUCUCUCACGACUCCCAGGACUUGAAGAUCUUCAGCUACAUCGCCCGAGACGGUGCCAGCAACGUGUUCAGGUGCAACGUGUUUAAGUCCAAGAAGAAGAGCCAAGCCAUGCGGAUCGUCCGGACAGUGGGGCAGGCCUUCGAGGUGUGCCACAAGCUGAGCCUGCAGCACACGCAGCAGAGCGCCGACGGCCAGGAGGACGGGGACAGCGAGUGGCACAGCCACAGCUCCGGGGACCCAGGCCGCCAGCUCCCUGGAGCCGAGAGGGCCUCGCCAGCUACUGCGGAGGAGACGGACAUCGACGCCGUGGAGGUCCCCGUCCCGGGUAGCGACGGCCUUGACUUCAGCCGCGGGGUGACCGACCUGGAUGCCGUGAGGAAGGAUGGUGCCUCCCACACAGACUCCAAGGUGCCGCCCCAGGAGCCCGUGCCCACAGCCUCGCCCCGGAUGCCGCUGCCCCCGCCCUGUGCACAGGCCCCGGGCGCGGGCACGCCGCUGUCCUCGCAGCACCAGCUGCAGCUCCUGCACCAGCUCCUCCAGCAGCAGCAGCAGCAGACGCAAGUGGCCGUGGCCCAGGUUCACUUGCUGAAGGACCAGCUGGCUGCGGAGGCAGCGGCGAGGCUGGAGGCGCAGGCCCGCGUGCACCAGCUCCUGCUGCAGAACAGGGACGCCCUGCAGCACGUGUCCCUGCUGGUCAGGCAGGUACAGGAGCUGGAGCUGAAGCUGUCGGGACGGAGCACCAUGGGGUCCCAGGACAGCCUGCUGGAGAUCACCUUCCGCCCCGGAGCCCUGCCCGUGCUCUGCGACCCCACGACCCCCACUCCGGAGGACCUGCCUUCGCCACCCCUGGGCGCCGGCCCGGCCCUGCCUGCAGGCAGCCCCUUAGGUAGGCGCGACUGCUUGGUGAAGCUGGAGUGCUUCCGGCUCCCCGGGGCGCGGGGCCCUCCGCUGGGCGGCCUGGAGCUGCUCCGCUUCCGGGAGUCGGGCAUCGCCUCCGAGUACGAGUCCACCACGGACGAGAGCGAGGAGGAGCCGCCGCGCCUGCUGCACGUGCGGCAGCGCCGGGAGCCGGGCGACAGCCUGGAGGACACGGUCGCCGUGUAGGGAGGCGGUGGGCCCGGGUCCGUAGCCGGGUGUGUUCUGUUUCAGAGCACUGGGUUUUGCUCCAGAGGGUGAAGUGGAAGCCAUUGGAGUCCCCGAGGGGAUCGACUACCCUCCCAGGCAGCAGCCGGAGGGCCGCCGGCCGUGCAGAGUCAUGGCUUUGGGACGGUCCCCGAGGGCCCGCUGGCUCCUCGCCGUGUCUGUGAGGCCCGAGCCACGAGCUGCCCUCCACGUGGUCCGACGGGAGGGAGGCGCGCACCCCAGGGCCGUGUGUCUGGGCGCCAGGGCUGCCGCUGCCUCACCCGCCUCCAGGAGCAGGUCCCCUGCCGGUGGUGGUGGCUGAGCUUGGGAGUGACAGACAGGAGAGUCAGGGGACCUGCUCCCGGACGUUCUCUGCACCAGCGUGAGUGUUUCCUGGGAGACAGCCUGGCCUUGGUCAGGCCCUGCUGUGGGGGUGGGGACUGCCUCUGCUGCCACAUCACCCUUCCCACGCCCCCCGCGAGUGAGCCGUCCACCUGAGGUAGAGGCUGUCCCCUGUCCUCUGUGUCCCCCAAUGAACCCUCGCCCCACCCCUCUGCUGGUCCCUCCACGGGGCAGUGGUGGUCGGUUCUUACUGCAAAAUACCCACCGAAGGCUGGUAGCUGACCUGCUAUGUCCAGGGUCCGGAAUCACUGCCACUUAUCAAGACCCAGCCACGGCCCUGCCUAGGCUCCGUGGGCUGGGCCUCGAGCACACCUGCGCAGUCCUCUCACCUGAGCCACCUGGGCCUCGCCCACGCGAGACUGCUGGCGGCCGGGCAGUGGGACGGGCUCCUGUGCUGCCCGAGGGUCGGUCAGUCAGAGGGGGUCCUGAACCCUGACAUGUCGGAGGCGGCCGGACCAUCCAGGCGAGAUGCAGCGGUCAGCCUGUGGGGCACCACGCAUCGGCAGGACGUGUGUGUGUGUGCACGUGUGUGUGCGUGUGCGUGUGUGCACGUGUGGGAGGGAAGGGGCGCGUGUCAGCGUGUGAGAGUGACGGACAGGAAAGGACAGAUGUCCAGUGUGUGCACCAGUCGAGAGGGAGGCCUGUGUGUUUGCUUCUUCUUCCAGUUCACCACUGGAGGUGGGGGCGGACCUCGAGGGAGGGAGGGAGCAGGGAUAUGAGACCUGGCACCCGAGGGAGGACAUGGGCCACGGGGGCUCCGGAGCGGGUCGCCUUCUGUCCCAGAGCUGAGCUCGGGGCAGGCCUGGCUCUGAGGCCAGGGGCGGGGUGACGAGGUGGCCGUUGGACGUGAUGGGUAAGGAGGGGACAGUUUGUAAGAGGGCCCUGAGGAGCCGUGGAGGGGACAGCAUUGGGGACACGGCUCCCUGGCUGCUGCUGGACCCCCGACCCCCGGCCCUCCGAGUGCCCCUGGGACCCGAGGCCGCCGCCCCGCCCUCCCCAGGACGAGGAGGCAGCACCGGGUGGAGCUGGGACUUGGGCGAUUGAGGGCCGGCCCUGUCCUCCUCCCGCCCUGCCUCUUGCUCUGAGCCCAGCCUGCUCUCCAUCCUGCUCUGCCCCGCGUGGAGGACGAGUGGACAUGGGCGCAGGCCUUGGGGUCCAACCCACGAGGCCUGCGGUGCGGACAGACGGACAGCACCUCCUCGCGGGGCCCCGCGCAGCCCUCGCCGCCUGCUUCUCUCCGCUGCCCCUGUGCGGGGCUCUCUUGCCCACUCUGCCUGGCUCCUCCCCCCACGGCUGUGCGGGUGGCCGGCCCACGCUCCAGACGCUUCCUUGUGUAAGUGCACUUACUCCGGGGCCGCCUUGCGCCUGCCGGCUCCGCAAAUAAACCUUCUUCUUUCUCAACGCUCUCCUGCGUCCUCUUGCUCUGCUCCCCCUGCCCUGGCCCGUGACGCUCCCCGGCUGAGGUUCGAGGGAGAAUUCACGUGGCUCGCGGUGGUGUGGACACGGACGACCUGCAGGCUCGCGUAGGGACAGCUUUGCUUCCCGGGGGGACCCGUGUCCCCGCCGGGCAUGUCUGUCAGGAGGGAGGGGUGUUGGCAGGUGGUGGGUGGAGCCGUGCCCACAGGUGUCUCACCUUUUCUGCCUCAGCGUGGCGUGGAGGCAGCAGCCAGUUUGAGUGCUUGGGGAAGCAUGGCGUCAGCUGUUCGGGGGUAAAGCUAAGACCACCAGGCGCCAGGAGCCCGCUGGGUCCCUGAGUAGAUUUCCGUGUGGGGUCGGGCGGGGUCGGAGUGGGUGCACCUUAGAGAGUCUGCUCCAGGGCACGCAGGCUGGCUGCCCAGCCAAGGACUGUGGAGGGCAGGCGGGAAGGGACAGCGGCCGGCGAGUCAGCAGCCGGAGAAGCCAGACUUUGGUCGGCACUUUCAGCCACUUGGAAGGCAGAGGCUGGUGGGGGCGACGUUGUGGGGCCCAGGCCUGCAGGGAAGUCAGGGGCUCAGGGCGGCCGGUGGCCUGUGAGUGGGGAUCAGGCGCACUGCGUGGCGCGAUGUGAGGAAUGGGGAGGCUUCACUGAGACGCCCUGCAGAGCGGAGCGGAGCAGCCGCUGGGGCUUGCUGGGAACACUCUCCGCCUCCCAGGUCCCAGGGAGGCCACACAAUGCGACAGCAGCGAGCACCUGUCCUUAGGGUGAAACCCUGGACUUGGCACCUGCUGGACAGCGGGGGGAGGUGCCAUGGCCCUGGGCUUCCUUCUUUUACCACACACUCUGCCUGU